AAACUUAAUGCACCAGUAAAGAAGGGUUUGAAAACCUCACAGAAACUCUACUGCUGUCCUAUUGAAGGCUGCCCUAGAGGACCAAACAGACCAUUUUCCCAGUUUUCUCUUGUAAAACAGCACUUUAUGAAAAUGCAUGCUGAAAAGAAGCACAAAUGUGAUAAAUGUAGUAACUCCUAUGGUACAGAAUGGUAUUUGAAACGGCAUAUAGAGGUCUGUGGCAAGACUUUCCAGUGUACUUGUGGGUGCCCUUAUGCCAGCAGAACAGCCUUACUGUCUCAUAUUUACAGAACUGGCCAUGAAAUUCCUGCAGAACACAGGGAUCCUCCUAGUAAGAAAAGGAAAAUGGAAACAUCUGUGCAUAAUCAGCAGUUGGCAGAGAAAGCAAAUGAAGCAUUCAUCAACACACACAAUAAUAAUCCUGGCACUCGGGAAUUGGAGUCCUCUGAAUUGAAACUAGUGGCCUCUCUUGAAGGCUCCUGCAGUUCUAACUUCACGAACCAAAUGCAGCCAAAAUGUACACCAAAGAUGCUUUUACCAAAGCCCAAGGUGGCUUUGGUUAAACUUCCAGUGAUGCAGCUUGCUCACUUGCCUAUAUAUGUAUCUGCAACAGACCCUUCUGUCAAACCUGCUGUAGUGGCUGUUGAUAAUCAAGGUUCAGUUGUAAGUACUGUUCAUUUAUUACCUCAAUCUAUAGGAAUUCUGAUUCCAGCACUGGAGGCAGAAACACUUGUGUUUAAAGAUAGUAUGCCUGUUUCAAAAGUGACAAAUUCUGGUCAUCACGAACCAGUAAGUACUGGUGUACAGGUUGACUUGGAUAAGGUUACAUCGAAUAACACAGGGCAAGAGCUGGGCAAUGUUUGUCACAAGAACAAUAUUUCUUCAAUAAAUAUACAGACUGACUUGUCUUAUAUUUCACAGAACUUUGUACCAGCUGCAGCCUGGACUCCCAAUUCUUCUGUAUCCUCUUGCUCACAGACAGACCUGUCAUUCAGUUCACAGGUUUCAUUACCCAUCAGUGUACAAACACAGACGCUGCUGCCUGCUUCCAAACUGACUUCAUCCAUAGCUGCUCAGACUGAUGCUUUCAGUCAGGUUUGUUUUCCAACGUGUGGCAUUUCUAGGGAGACUCAAACGAGCAGGACACAGGACCCUGUUGACGGAAGAGUGCAAAUGGACCAGGCUGUAAUGUGCAGUGACAUCUUUGACAAUGUUCAUUCAUCAUAUAAUGUUUCUACUCACAUUGGACUUCCAGAAAACAAUUUAAUGCCUGCAAAUAUAGAUCAAACCUUGCUGCAGAGGAGUAAUUGCAAGAGCCUGAAUCCAGAUACGGUGAAGUCUGAAUCCCUUAUCAGCUUUAAUACACAAACUAAUAUACUUCCACCUCAAAAUACGAUGGAUAAUCAAACCCAGACAAUGGACCUACUAAGUGAUCUGGAAAACAUCUUUUCAGGAAACAUGUCUGGCCAGACACUGGAUAAUCGUGGCCUUUUGUCUGAGACAAGUUCUCAUGCUGACACGCAUCUGCCAUCUGGUCCAUCACAGAGCACAGGCAUAGACUUUGACAUUGAAGAGUUCUUUUCAGCAUCCAAUAUCCAAACUCAGACUGAAGAGAGUGAGCUUGGGACCCUGAACUCUGAACCAGUUUUGGAGUCACUGGACAUUGAAACUCAGACUGAUUUCUUAUUCUCAGAUAGUGCCACUCAAUCAUACAGCUGCCGAGGAAAUUCUAACUUCUUAGGUUUGGAGAUGUUUGAUACACAGACACAGACAGACUUGAAUUUCUUUUUGGACAGUAAUACCCAUCUGCCUUUAGGAAGUAUUCUGAAGCAGUCUAGUUUCUCCAUGAGUACUGACUCAUCUGAUACAGAAACCCAGACAGAAGUAUAUCCGGCUACUAAAAGUAUACCUCCUCAGAAUAUUGAAGGCAAAGUCCAGCUCAGCAGCACUGAAACACAGACGAUGGAUAGCUGCUUUGAGAACCUGGGGAGUUUAUUCCUUACCAGCAAUGAGACACAGACAGCAAUGGAUGACUUUCUUCUGGCUGACUUAGCCUGGAACACAAUGGAGUCCCAGUUCAGUUCAGUAGAAACACAGACCUGUGAAGAGCUGUGCUCUUUGUUUCAGAGCUCUGACAAGCCCAGCCAUUGA